CAGGAAAGUCUACCAAAGUAAACAUUGAGCGGAAAACACCAAAGCAAAGUCCAGCAGGCCUACCGUACUCUACACCUGACUUACUAAAUGCAAAGCAAACACCAAAAAGUAAUCAAGGAAAAUCUAAACCUAGAAAUAUUUUGUAUUAACUCCAUACUCUCCAUUCCGAUCUUCUUACCAUCAGCAAAACAGAUUCACCAUUCCAAGGUUUCAAAAUCAUCUUUGGCCAAACAAAAAACUUCAGGGUCUCCUAAAGCUGACAAAGGAUGGAACCCAACGAAGAAAAGUCAAUCUUUAUCGCCAAAUGCAAAGUCAGUCCAAUCUAAACCUUUAAAGAAUUCGGGCAAAACUCAUGACAGGAUUCCAACAUCUCAGAAAAACACAACCUUAGGAAAUUCGACACAAGGAACCUUCCGAGGACCUUCACCAUAUCCACAACAAACUUAUUAUGCUCCACCAGCUUCCUCUGGCCCUUCUAACUCUUCUUCAUCCCACUCUUCGCAUCCUUCUCCCGCUCGCCCAUCAGCAAAAUCUGCAGGACCCAACGUAGGAUGGCAACCUGCAAGCCCAUCGGUCUCUAAACCUGGCUUAAGAUCUUCUUACCCAUCUUAUCCAACUCCUUCGCCAAAUGCGAAGCCAGCACCAAAAGGACUUCCAGUAGAAUCUAAACCUUUGCAGAAUUCGGGCAAAACUCAUGACAGGAUUCCAACAUCUCAGAAAAACACAACCUUAGGAAAUUCGACACAAGGGACAUUCCGAGGACCGCAACCAUAUCCACAACAAACUUAUUAUGCUCCACCAGCUUCCUCUGGCCCUUCUAACUCUUCUUCAUCCCACUCUUCGCAUCCUUCUCCCGCUCGCCCAUCAGCAAAAUCUGCAGGACCCAACGUAGGAUGGCAACCUGCAAGCCCAUCGGUCUCUAAACCUGGCUUAAGAUCUUCUUACCCAUCUUAUCCAACUCCUUCGCCAAAUGCGAAGCCAGCACCAAAAGGACUUCCAGUAGAAUCUAAACCUUUGCAGAAUUCGGGCAAAACUCAUGACAGGAUUCCAACAUCUCAGAAAAACACAACCUUAGGAAAUUCGACACAAGGGACAUUCCGAGGACCGCAACCAUAUCCACAACAAACUUAUUAUGCUCCACCAGCUUCCUCUGGCCCUUCUAACUCUUCUUCAUCCCACUCUUCGCAUCCUUCUCCCGCUCGCCCAUCAGCAAAAUCUGCAGGACCCAACGUAGGAUGGCAACCUGCAAGCCCAUCGGUCUCUAAACCUGGCUUAAGAUCUUCUUACCCAUCUUAUCCAACUCCUUCGCCAAAUGCGAAGCCAGCACCAAAAGGACUUCCAGUAGAAUCUAAACCUUUGCAGAAUUCGGGCAAAACUCAUGACAGGAUUCCAACAUCUCAGAAAAACACAACCUUAGGAAAUUCGACACAAGGGACAUUCCGAGGACCGCAACCAUAUCCACAACAAACUUAUUAUCCGGGACCUGCUUCACCAGCUUCCUCUCGCCCUUCUAACUCUUCUUCAUCCCACUCUUCGCAUCCUUCCCCCUCCCUUCUUCCUUCUCCUGCUCGCCCAUCAGCAAAAUCUGCAGGACCCAACGUAGGAUGGCACCCUGCAGGCCCAUCUGUAUCUAAACCUGGCUUAAGACCUUCUUACCCAUCUUAUCCAUCUCCUUCGCCAAAAGCGAAGCCAGCACCAAAAGGACUUCCAGUAGAAUCUAAACCUUUGCUGAAUUCGGGCAAAACUCAUGACAGGAUUCCAACAUCUCAGAAAAACACAACCUUAGGAAAUUCUACACAAGGUCCUCCUAAACCAAGUUACGAUCAAGGAAAAUUCCGAGGACCUCCAUCAGCUUCCUCCCACCCUUCUCCUUCUCCCACACGAUCAUCAGCAAAACCUGAAGGACCAAACGUAGGAUCGCAACCUGCAGGCUCAUCGGUCUCUAAACCUGCUUUAAGACCAAAUGCGAAGCCAGCACCAAAAGGAUCUCCAGUAAAAUCUAAACCUUUAAAAAAUUCGGGCAAAACUCAUGGCAGCAUUUUAACGUCUCAGAAAAAAACAACCUCAGGAAAUGCACCACAAGGACCUCCUAAAUUAAGUUACACUCAAGGAACAUUCCAAGGAAAUCCACCAUUUUCACAACAAACUUAUUAUCCAGGACAUGCUCCACCAGCUUAUCCAGGUCACUAUCCGCCAAGUAAUACUGGAAGAAAGGAUAUAAAUAAUAAUUGGAUUGGAUACCCGAGUUAUCACUACCAAAGAGCGGAUACUGGAAGCACAAGUUUAGGUUUCUAUUUAGGAUAUACCUUAGGUAGAGUGAAAAACCCAACGUAUUACUAUUCCCACAACUCCUAUGAUGGAUACAGGCCAAGGUAUGACCACUAUACUGUCCACCAUUAUUACCACAACAACAACGAAACAAUCAUAGGAAGAGAACGAAUCAUAGAACCAAACACUGUGGUAGGAUGUGUUGGUGAUAGUGGAAGCAUUUGCCCAGCUAACACAAGAUCCUUGUGCACAGAUCAAGGAGUUAUAAUGUGUGUGGCCCUUAUAUCCGCCACAGUACCUUGCAAAGACGAAAAAGAUACCAACUGUGUUACAAGCACGAUACCUUGCGUAAAUUCUGAAGAUCCAAAAUGCAAGGGCAAUCCUCAGAAGUUUACCACAGUAAGCAUUCCCUGUAUAUCCACCGCGAAAAUAUAUGGCACUGUGACUUACGUGGAUAACACCAUCAUUGUCGAGAGUUUUCUUGCAAGCAGGCCUGCCAGGAGUGUUCUUGAUAAUGUUACAGAUUAUCCAACUACAACUGAUGCAAUACCAAUAACUACAUACCCGAGUUCCACAACAAAUAUUACACAAACUACAACAGUUGAUUUAAUGACUACAUACCCGAGCACCACAACACAUUUUACACAAACUACAACACCAGCUACAACAAUAAUUGAUUUAAUGACUACAACACCAGCGACAACAUUUAUUGAUUUAAUGACUACAUACCCGAGCUCCACAACAAAUAUUAUACAAACUACAACACCACCGACAACAAUUGAUUUAAUGACUACAUACCCGAGCUCAACAACAAAUAUUACACAAUCUACAACACCAACAACAACAAUUCCAAAUUCAACAACCAGUGUCCCCAAAAUUUUAUCCACUGAAGAACCACAAAAUUACUGCGUUACGAUUAUGGCAGUUCCUGAUGAAAGAAAACCAACGAAAGGAGAGGUAUUGUUUGAUGAAGUUGAACAUUUUGUAGACAAUUUUUUGGUAAAAUCGUUUGGUUUAUAAGCAAAAAAUUUGGCUGUAGGUACUCUAAAUAUUUUUUAAAUUGGCAAAAUAAUAGUAUAAGUUUUAAAAUAAUGUCGAAAUUAAGGUAUUGGAAAAAUUAAGUGUUUUUACAAAAUCUUAAAAUAUUUAGAUAUCCAGUCGAUGCAGGUAUCGUAAUGUUCAAUAAUAAAUCAUUAAAAUAUUUAACACAUCAUUGUACUUAUCAAAUUUAAUUGGCCUAAUAAUUAAAAGACCUUAUUGUUUUUAUAAGUCUUGUGAAAAAAACAGCAAG